CAAGUCCAUCUCACAGUCCACAACAUCAAAGCAACUAGUUUCCUCUUCUCACCGGAGCUAUGGCGGCUGCUUUCUCUCUCUCCUCCGUCCGAUCAUCGCCGGACAUGGUUCCCUUCCUUUCCUCUUCUUCAUCACUCUCCGGUCAACUACUGAAGAAAGAACCGUCCCGUUUUUGCUCUGUACCUGCUCCUUCCUUGCCCAGAUUUACUUCUAUCCAACGACAACCCUAUUUCUGCCGAGCUUCCGCUUCUGCUGCUUCUCCAUUAACUUCAAUCAUCGAAAAAGCAGGAAAAGAGUCAUCACCUAAAGAUUUUCUGCAUAUUAAUGACUUUGACAAAGCCACUAUAUUGCACAUGUUAAAUCGUGCAAAAGAGGUGAAAGCACUUAUAAAGUCGGGUGAAAGAACAUAUCUUCCUUUCAAGGGGAAAACAAUGUCGAUGAUCUUCGCUAAGCCUUCAAUGAGGACUAGGGUUUCAUUUGAAACAGGUUUUAACUUGCUUGGUGGUCAUGCUUUAUAUUUGGGACCAGAUGAUAUCCAAAUGGGAAAACGAGAAGAAACCCGUGAUGUUGCUCGUGUCCUAUCUCGAUACAAUGAUGUGAUCAUGGCACGUCUUUUUGCUCAUCAGGAUAUUGUUGAUUUGGGUAAGUAUGCAUCAGUUCCUGUGAUUAAUGGACUGACAGAUUAUAAUCAUCCAUGUCAAAUAAUGGCUGAUGCUCUCACCAUAAUUGAACACAUUGGGCAGAUUGAAGGAACCAAGGUUGUGUAUGUUGGUGAUGGAAACAACAUUGUUCAUUCAUGGCUUUUGUUGGCAGCAGUUAUUCCUUUCCACUUUGUUUGUGCCUGUCCAAAAGGCUUUGAACCAGAUCAAAAGACAGUUGAAUUGGCACAACAAGCUGGAAUAAGCAAAAUUGAGAUAACUAAUGAUCCAAAGGAAGCUGUUAAAGGAGCUGAUGUUGUCUAUUCUGAUGUAUGGGCUAGCAUGGGCCAAAAGGAAGAGGCUGCUCAUCGUCGCCAAGUUUUCCAGGGAUUCCAGGUGGAUAAGACAAUGAUGGAUUUGGCAGGACCAAAUGCAUAUUUCAUGCACUGUUUACCAGCUGAGAGGGGUGUGGAAGUAACAGAUGAAGUCAUUGAAGCUUCAAACUCCAUUGUCUUCCCACAGGCAGAGAAUAGGAUGCAUGCACAGAAUGCUAUAAUGCUUCAUGUUCUUGGCUUUUAAGUGUUUUGUGUUUUUCUUUGGAUAGAUUACUUUUCACUUAAUUUAAUAUAUUAUGUACUUAUUUAAAAUAAAUAUUUGAUUUCAGAUA